CAAGUCAUUCGAUAUUUACAGUUCUUUAUUAUCUGUGUAUCAAGAAUAAUCUGCAGAAAUGGCAAUCAUUUUACCAGUAUUGUUUACAUAUGCUAUGGUUGGGAUUACUUUUGAUUACAAAAAUUAUGUAAAAGAAAAUUUUGCUAUUUAUGGCACUUUAUAUGAUAAAUCAACAGUAAAAAUCGAUGAGAAAUAUUCUUCACAAUAUAAAGUGAUCGAAAUUCCUAAAGACGUCAGAGAUCUUUAUGAUAUUGAUGCAAGAUUAUCUUUGCGUAUGAAACUCUAUUCUUAUAGAUCGAAUUCUUUCAUUGAUAAUUUAAUUAAAAAUUCUAUCGGGAAAAAACGCAACGAUGUAGAAAUCCAAAUUUAUGUUCAAUAUCAAAAGAGUAUAGUAGGAAUUCCCGAAGAUGCUAAACCAUCCUAUGACUUAGAAUCAAGGCUUAAUAAAUCUUCUAGCACUCAUUUUGUCAAGAGAACAAGAAACGGUGCAAUAAUACAAAUAACACUCAUAUUUCCUUGUAAAUCUGAGGAUCAUCGACAAAAAGUUUUAAAGGUUGUACUAAGCCAUUUACAAAAAUCUGGUACAUUCGAUAAAAACUUUAUUGAGGGACUUCAGAAUGUCGAAAAAGAACUUGGAAGUGAUUACCCUGGAUUCUAUUUUCGACAACAAUAUUGUGCUGGAUGUAGAUCAUUCUUAAAAAAUAACUUGAAAGAUAUUUUAGAAACAGCUGAAAAUCUAAAUGAGAUGUUGAAAAAUAACAAUGGGGUUCCAAUUAAGAUGGAACUAGAAGAUCUUUCAACUGUGUUUAAGGGUCUGCCAGCAUUUGAAGAAAACCAGGAAAUAAUUAAAAAAUUGGAUGAAGUUGAAGAAUUAUACAACGAUAUUAAAAUUGCAAGAGAAACUUUCUUAGAUUGGGAUUACGAUAGACCUAUACCGGAUGAUAAUGACUCGGAAGAAGAAAAAAUGGUUCGACAAUUUCAUGUUGAUUUACAACAUGCAAGAGAUGCAUUUACAGCAGCUAUAAUUAAUCUAGAUAUUUCUUCAUCGGCUUCAAUAAAUCAAUUCGAUGAAGCUUAUAAGGCGUAUGGACCUACAGACACACACGAUCGGUUCCAAAAGAGAUUGGAAGAAAUACAAAAGAAAUUCGAUAAAAUUCAUUCUAAACAUUAAGAUAUGCGUUUGUUGUUCAAUGUAUAUUUUUUAAUAUGAAUAAAUAUGUUACAAUAUAGAAGAGUUACAGACAAACUGAAA